AACCCCACCUGCAGCAUGGCAGGUCAGCCGCCAUUCGACGGUAAUUUCGAGCGGCGCUACGGCGGAGUCGACGAGAGAAACCGCGAUUUCGGACGCGGCGACUACCACAUGCGGAUGGAACGUCCGCGAGCGCCGAACGACAGCGCGCGGGAACGGCCGGCGGACUGGGAAAGGGGACCCCCUGCCCUACUGAGGCGCCCGGGACACGAUAGUCCUUCGCUGUCCGGUGGUCCGGUCGCAAGGAUUGAUGAGAGAAGUAUGCCGCCCGGAGGCGUCGGAAGCUCCGCGCCAAGGAGUCUGUUCGGUGAUGAACAUGAUCCGUAUAGGCGGGACUUUGGAGGAGGCGGGGCUUAUGACAUCCGGGAAUCGAGAGAAAGGUCGGACUCGCGUUUCGGAAACAGGGAGAUGCCGAUGAGUGUUUUGAGGGAGCAUCGUGAUUUAAGAGAUAUGGGCCCUCCUAGAGAUGUCAGGGAUUUGGGGCCCCCACCGAGGGAUCUUCGAGAACUGGGCCCGUUGACGAGAGAUGGUCACGAUCUUGGUCCUGGUCCUCCUCCACAUGAUGCUCGUGAGUUUAUACCACGAAGAGACAGUCGAGAUCUUGGCCCACCGCCACUGCGAGACUCUCGAGAUUUGGGUCCAAUGAGGGAUUCUAGGGACAUGGGACUGCCUCCGCGUGAGCUCUUGUCUUCAAGAGAGGAAGUCGAUCGGUUUAAUGCAACUUCGAGAAUGAGAAGUGGUCCUGGACCGGGACUGGAUAUGAGCGCAUUGGGUAAUCUUUCUGGUGUCAGUGCCACGUUGGCUAGUCUGUCAAGUACGCUGCCUUCUCUGGGCGUAAUGGAGCCGAUAGUUCGAGGCCAGUGCCUUCUUCUUCCUCCUGUAGGAGGGCCAUCGGAUGGAUCUUGUCGUCAACGACCGGAGAACUGUAAGACGGUCUUUGUCGGCCACCUACCGCAAAACACAACAAGGCAGAGUCUGUACGACAUAUUCGAGUAUUGUGGUAAAGUCGCGAGCGUGAGACUGAACCAGCGAAGCCAUUUUGCGCACAUCGAGUUCGAGUCGGAAGACUCGGUCAACAAAGCGAUGGAGCUCAACAACUACAGCAUCAAAGUCGAUCUGAGUGGCGACUUGAACAGCAUGGGAAAGAUCAUUGUUGAUUAUGCAGUACCAAGAGCCGAUUCUGUACCUGAGAUUGAUCCUGAAAGGGCAGUCGAGAUUGAAAUGAGACGCCGAGCACGAGAGGAGCGUCACAAACGCGAUCGAGCCGAGUCGCCGCCGGCCAGUUUUACUGACUCGGCUGCGUCUGAGAUGAAGGAGAAUUUCCGGAAGGAGAUGAAAUUUGAAGAGUCUUGUCGUACGCUGACCUACUGGCUGGAGAAGGGGCUCUGCAAUCGACACAACACGGAGAAGUUCUUUUCGUUGAUCCAGACCGCCGAGGGCUGUCUGAAGCGAGUGCUGCGAGAGAAGCGAGACAUUGAACUGGAGGUCAGACGAUUUAUUGCAGAAAUUCAGUUGAAGCAAGACGGCAUGAAACGACAAGCUUUAUCGUUCUGCAAGAUAUUUGCACUGUUUGAGAAGCAGGACAAGAAACUAUACGACCUCUUUACUAGACCACAGAGAAAGAUGCUCCAGCAGUGGACAGUAGACGCAAAGAAAUUGAUGAAAGAAAAGUGGGUCAACCUUUUAGCGAUCGCUGGUGAGCAAGGCAUGAUAUCAAUGGAAGAAGAGGAGGACCAGGAUAAGAAGAGUCGGAGAGAUAGCAAAGAACCAGAUUCAAAAAAGAGCAAGACUGAGUCUGGAGAUCGAAAGUCAGAGAGUGAUAAGCAAGUGAAGGCGUUGAAAGACGAGAUGUCGAAGUUGAAGGCUCAGUAUAGGGAGAAGUUGGAGAAUCGUGACAAGGAGAUUGCUAAACUGAAAGAGAUGGUCGGGAAAGGACGAUCUACGAAACGUGAUCGAGCAGGAAAGGGAUCAUCACAAGGAGACGAAGUUCCACCCGACGACGACGACCUCCUCAUCAAACCAACACCAAAGAAACAACCGACCAACAAGGACACCUCCACCAAUCAGGUAAUCUCUGACAAAGAGAGCGACGACCGUCACCCCAAAUCAUCAAGUCAGGUCAGUGAUGAGUCUGUAGUCAAUGACGCAUCAGUCCCUGCUCCUGCUGCCACAAUCAAGAAGGAAAACGAAGAGCCACCCGACGAGGAGACAAAGAUGGCCGUCACACCGGCUGUUGAUAUUAAACGGGAGAUCGAGUCGGUCCAGCCUGACGUCAAGGCUGCCUUAGUUGGCGUCAUGGCCGCGUAUCUGAGUGUCCAUCCUUAUGGCGCUUCCUUCUCCGACAUCACUCACUAUCUUCGAGGUCUGAAGUGUUUCGUUUCCGCGUCGGUCAUUUGGUCGGCUCUUCGCGAGUCGCCGCUUGCCUUCACUUCUCGACCCGAUGACAGAGACGAGGCUUGUGAUGAUGAUGUCGUCUGGUCGUUUCAUGGUUUCAAAACCGUUGCCGGCUUAGGCUGAGCGUCGUCGGUCGCGCGUUUUUUGUUGGUAUACUCGCGCAUCUUAGCUGCUGUUAGUUUGUUCGUUGCAAGAGGUCUAGGACCGGCAUCUUUCCGGGAUGUUGUUUAGCUCGUGUGGGAUGUUCCUGCGUCUGCUGAGUAGUGAGUUCGUCUUGACGUGGUUGAGGGCUUUGUUUCCUCUCUGGCUAUUGUAGACGUGAUUUAGAGAGAUGAGAAGAGAAGACGUCACUCUGAG